AUGGACACCGGGUUAGCGGCUGAGCCUGCAGCGGCCAAGCUUGGCCAAGACCCUCCUCUCCCCACGCCCCACACGCUUGCUCAGAAGCCGCUCUGCACUCCAUCUGGGCUGCCACCUGGGCCGUCCACCACCCCACUGCGCCCCGGAGGGCGCCCUCCUACAGGGAUAGGGCUGCUGCUCCCAGAUGGUCCGGUGCACGGAGCCUGGACGCCGCAAAGUCGGGGACAUUGGGGCUGGGGCUAUCCCACCCGCUCCCCGACAAGCCUGGAGUCCCGCCGCCCCCGCGCCCCUCGCGCCCCGCCCGGCCCCGCGCAGCCCCCAAACUUCGGACCCGCCGCCGCCCGCUCCCGCCGUACCUGCCCCCCGGCAGAGCGGAGCGUGCAGCGCCCCAAUAAGUCUGCGCGCGGCCCCGGGACCCCGCGGGAACUUCUCGCCCCACCCCACCCGGCGCCCCUCCCCACCCGGCGCCGGCCGCGACCCGCACCCCGCGGGACCCUCACAGGUUCUCUGGCCGCGACUCGGACUCCCGCCGGGGAAACUGAGGAGCGGCCCCCGCGCGGUCUGCGGUCACUCACUAGGCAGCGAGUCCCCGAAGCCUCCGCCACGGACCGCGUCCCCCCGACGCCGACUCGCACCUACCGAAGUUGGCGGCAGGAGCGGCCGCGCGUGCGCCACGGCGCCCGGGCUCCGGGGGGCGCAGCGACCUCCGACUCGGUCGCCCCCUCCGCUCACUCACCGGCCUCGCGCGCCCGGGACCCGCUCAGCAAUCUCCGUCGCGCCGACAACUCCUGGAUGGAGCGGCGGCCGGUGACACCGGUGGCACCACCCGACCAGGGCAGGGACGGGCAGCGUCGCGGGGGAGCCGAGAGUGGAGACGCAGGUGCCCGAGGUGGGCUGCACGGCUGGGACCUGCGUUUGCCCGCUGUUGGCAGGACUCUUCCACUGGCUGUCCUUCCUGGGAGAACCUGGGCCUUGGGACGGAGAGGCUUCUGGACGCUCUCUGGAGGCACCAAGGAGGGCUGCAGCGGGAGUGAACUCCCCGUCAUGGGCGGCAUGCCAGCCAAGGCAGGGGCCCUUCGAAUCACCGAGGGAGCAGCCUUGCCAGGCGCGUGGGAAGAGCGGCUCAAGCCGCAGAGCCCCCACCCCGCUUCUGAGCCGCCCUGGCCGGGCACUGCCCGGGGCCGACAAUGCAGGUGCCAGGCCUGGAGCAGGAGACCCCGACAUCCCGCCGGACACCUGCCCGAGGUCACCCCUGUCCAGGUCAAGGUCGUGGGCCUGGAGAGGAGCCCGGGAGAGGAGCUGGCCAGCGGGAGCGGCCCCACUGCUCCAUUGUGGGCGGGUGCCCGGGGCAGGCGGGAGAGAGCUAGCCAGGCUGCCAUCUGUAAAAUGGGAGGGGAGAGAGGGGGCAUAGGACCACCACCCGCGGGGGACAAACUCUUCUCCCUGCUCUUCACCCUGUCUGCCCCACCCGUGACAGAUGGACCCGGACAGGCGCCCCAAAGGCAGGUGCCUCUGGGAAAAGCCGAGCACACGUCGGUUCUUCUGAGGCUCCAUGGGGACCAGUUGGCCAGCCACUGCGGCGUUGGGCCUGAGCCUCUGUCCCGCCUGGAUGCUUAG